UUUAAGGCUGACGUGAGUCCCACAUCCAAUCACGAGGUUCGAAUCCCAUCAUCAGCUCUUCAGAGAAUCAGAACACAGUCAGAGGAAACCAUCCAGGUGGUUUCCUCGGUGAUCAACAGCACAUUCUUUCAGCGAACUCCUCGGACAAGAGGAAGAAGCAUAAUUCCCCAGCCAACUGUCAGAGUAAAGGAAACUGUUUUAGGAGAACUGGUUCUGUUUGUGAAAGUUGGAAGCCAGCCAGUCAGCGAUCUCACUGAGCCGGUCCAGUUAAUCUUCUACCACAAGGAGAAGGAGAUCAGUGGAAAAUGUGUGUUUUGGAAGGAGGAUGAAACAGAGUGGAGCACUGAAGGCUGUUAUACCAAAAAAUCAGAAGAUAAAUUUAUCUGCAGCUGCAACCAUCUGAGCUUUUUUGCUGUGCUUGUGAAUCCAGAAGUGAAGGUGGAUGAGGAUCAUGCUGAGGCUCUCAGCUACAUCACCUACAUUGGAUCAGCGCUCUCUGUCUUCUUUGCUUUCAUCAGCCUUUUCAUCUACGUUGGUCUGCAUCGACGACGUUCGGAGAAGGCCCUCAACAUCCACAUGCAGCUAACGGGGGCGUUGUUGUGCCUCCACCUCGGCUUCCUGAGCAGCAGUUUCUGGAUCCUUCUGCUAGAUGAGAACAAGUACAGCUGGGUUUGUGGAGGUCUGGGUCUCUUCCUGCACUGGUCUCUGCUGGCCACCAUCACCUGGCUGGCCCUGGAAGGAUUCCACCUUUACCUUCUCCUCAUCCGAGUCUUUAACAUCUACGUCAGACGAUACCUGCUCAAACUCUGCCUGGUGGGAUGGGGCUUUCCUACCCUUGUUGUGGUAAUUUGUGGGCCUUUAGGUGUCUAUGGCAGAUACACUCUGGAAACGAGGGAUUCCAACAACCAAACAUCAGAAAUAUGCUGGAUGAACAGUGGCAACCCACAGACAAAGUUGGUCAUGUACAUCACUGUGGCUUUUCUUUGCCUGGUGGUGCUGUAUAAUUCCUGCAUGCUGUUGCUGGUGGUGUUUAAAAUGCGGGAGUUACGACGUGGCAGAGGAGACCGUGAGUCCAGCGACUGGAAGAAGAUGAGCAAGGAGAACGAGUCCAGGUUAUGGAAGGACGGUGCCACAGUUCUCGGCCUCAGCUGUGUACUGGGGUUACCAUGGGGACUAGCCAGCUUCACCUAUGUUACUUUAGCUGGAAUCUACUUGUUCACCAUCUUUAACUCUCUACAAGGUCUAUUUAUGUUCCUGUGGUCAGUGGCUUUAUCAAGCAAGUCUCGAUCAGAAAACAACUCUUCAGUCCGAGAUCCUUCCACCCAGAAAAUGAUGACAACCAGCUUCAAUAACUGAAUCACAGAUUUUUGCUGCAUAAACAAACGGCAAACAUGUCUGUAAAUUACUUAACAUGUUCCUAUAUAAGGUGUUGACCAACUAUUAGAUCUCUUUUAUAUGCCUUAUAAUUAUCUAAACAAUGACUAUUUUUGCUAAUGUUAGACUUUUC